UUUUUUUUUUUUUUUUUUUUUUUUGAGACGGAGUCUUGCUCUGUCCCCCAGGCUGGAGUGCAAUGGCGCGAUCUCAGCUCACUGCAAGCUCCGCCUCCCGGGUUCACGCCAUUCUCCUGCCUCAGCCUCCCAAGUAGCUGGGACUACAGGCGCCCGCCAACACGUCCGGCUAAUUUUUUUGUAUUUUUAGUAGAGACGGGGUUUCACCGUGUUAGCCAGGAUGGUCUCGAUCUCCUGACCUCGUGAUCCGCCCGCCUUGGCCUCCCAAAGUGCUGGGAUUACAGGCUUGAGCCACCGCGCCUGGCCGAACAAACAGUAACUUUAAAAUGGAAACAAAAAAAGCAGCUCUGAAGGAAAACUGUGAAGGAAGAGGCUCCGUUUGAAAUGAAUAGAAAAUGAAUUCAGCUUGGAGGUGCUGAGGUGUUGGUAGAGGCAACUUUCUGGCAAGAGGCGAGUUGAAGGCCAGGAAGUGGAUGAGAUCAGGGAGAGUGGAGGGAAGAGGGAUAAAAACAGAAACUGGGGAAGCACCCACGUUUCAGGAAGUGGGUGGUGAAAGAGGAGUCAGAGAAGGCCAGAGGGAGAGGUGAGCAAAGAUCCAGCAGAACACCUUGCUACAAAGCUUCGAGGAAGGUGGCAGGGGUGGAAGCCAGAACGGGUAACAGAAGGAAGAAAACUUCCAGCAACAGGGAUUGAGGUUCCACACGAAGUUACCAAUGACAUUUCAAGGAAUGAAGGCUUUUCCUGAGGCUCCCCAAAUAAGGUGAAUUCCUUGUGUCUGGCAUCUUUGGAGCUUCCCCGAGGCCAGGGGGAGCAGGGUUGUGCCCUCUGACCUCUAAAUAUCUGGGGUUCAGUUCUAUAAUUAGCAGCACCGGAUAGGACGGGAGCCAAACCUCUCUUAACCCUAGCCAGUCCCUCCAGGAACUGAAAAGAUGAAGAAUUCAUUUAAGAGAUUUCACACUCGGCUGUUUGGCCUAGCCCAGUGAAGUCCCUUUUCAUCACGCAACCCUAAUGACUCUUCGGGCUGUCACUGCCGUCUGGUAUUGCCAGCGAUCUGACUAAACCGUCUUGCAAAAGUUUGCAGCAUUCAGCCGAGGCGGACUACAACUCCCAGAAUUCCGGGUGCUCCCCGGUGCUGAUUGGCGGAGCCAGUGACUCCAGGGGGCGGAGUUUCCCCCGCCUCCCCGGGGGAAUAGGCCUCUGAUUGGCUGGACCGCCGGGCUUUUGUGUCCCCGCCCUCCCCCGGGGACCGCAGCGGGCUGAACUGCUGGUGUCAGAGCCCGGCGAGCGCUGGCAGUUCCGCGGCGGGGAUGCCGAGGGGCGCUGGGUCCGCGAGCAGCCCUGGCCCCUGCGGACUUCCGAGGCCGUGAAAACCCCUGCGCUGCGGCCCUUCCCAGGCCCCCGAGGCCGUUCGCCGUUCCCGAAGCCCGACUGGGGGAAGAGUCCAGCACCAAAGCGGCCGUUCUCGGAUUCCGGAGCGUUCUGGAGCCCCGAGAGACGCCCCGAGGUUCUAGAAGCUCCCCGGCGGCGCCCAGUCCCGGCUUCCUUCGGGCGUCCGUCCGAAAGCCGCUCGGGUGCAAGGGUCGUCGGCAAGCCGCGACCGGGUCCUGGCGCGCACCAUGAUCGUGGCGGACUCCGAGUGCCGCGCAGAGCUCAAGGACUACCUGCGGUUCGCCCCGGGCGGCGUCGGCGACUCGGGCCCCGGAGAGGAGCAGAGGGAGAGCCGGACUCGGCGAGGCCCUCGAGGGCCCAGCGCCUUCAUCCCCGUGGAGGAGGUCCUUCGGGAAGGGGCUGAGAGCCUCGAGCAGCACCUGGGGCUGGAGGCACUGAUGUCCUCUGGGCGAGUGGACAACCUGGCAGUGGUGAUGGGCCUGCACCCUGACUACUUUACCAGCUUCUGGCGCCUGCACUACCUGCUGCUGCACACGGAUGGUCCCUUGGCCAGCUCCUGGCGCCACUACAUUGCCAUCAUGGCUGCCGCCCGCCAUCAGUGUUCUUACCUGGUGGGCUCCCACAUGGCCGAGUUUCUGCAGACUGGUGGUGACCCUGAGUGGCUGCUGGGCCUCCACCGGGCCCCUGAGAAGCUGCGCAAACUCAGCGAGAUCAACAAGUUGCUGGCGCAUCGGCCAUGGCUCAUCACCAAGGAACACAUCCAGGCCUUGCUGAAGACCGGCGAGCACGCCUGGUCCCUGGCUGAGCUCAUUCAGGCUCUGGUCCUGCUCACCCACUGCCACUCGCUCUCCUCCUUCGUGUUUGGCUGUGGCAUCCUCCCUGAGGGGGAUGCAGAUGGCAGCCCUGCCCCCCAGGCACCUACACCCCCCAGUGAGCAGAGCAGCCCCCCGAGCAGGGACCCAUUGAACAACUCUGGGGGCUUUGAGUCUGCCCGCGACGUGGAGGCGCUGAUGGAGCGCAUGCGGCAGCUGCAGGAGAACCUGCUGCGGGAUGAGGGGACGUCCCGGGAGGAGAUGGAGAGCCGCUUUGAGCUGGAGAAGUCGGAGAGCCUGCUGGUGACCCCCUCAGUUGACAUCCUGGAACCCUCUCCACAUCCAGACAUGCUGUGCUUUGUGGAAGACCCUACUUUCGGAUACGAGGACUUCACUCGGAGAGGGGCUCAGGCGCCCCCUACCUUCCGGGCCCAGGAUUAUACCUGGGAAGACCAUGGCUAUUCACUGAUCCAGCGGCUCUACCCUGAGGGUGGGCAGCUGCUAGACGAGAAGUUCCAGGCAGCCUAUAGCCUCACCUACAAUACCAUCGCCAUGCACAGCGGGGUGGACACCUCCGUGCUCCGCAGAGCCAUCUGGAACUAUAUCCACUGCGUCUUUGGCAUCAGAUAUGAUGACUAUGAUUAUGGGGAGGUGAACCAGCUCCUGGAGCGGAACCUCAAGGUCUAUAUCAAGACAGUGGCCUGCUACCCAGAGAAGACCACCCGAAGAAUGUACAACCUCUUCUGGAGGCACUUCCGCCACUCAGAGAAGGUCCACGUGAACUUGCUGCUCCUGGAGGCGCGCAUGCAGGCCGCUCUGCUGUACGCCCUCCGCGCCAUCACCCGCUACAUGACCUGACUCCUGAGCAGGACCUGGGCCCGGUUCAGCUCCCCACAAGGACUUCUCUGUCUGGAGACAGCCCCAGACUCUUUUGUGUCUCGUGCCCACCCUCCCCACGCUGGAGUGGGCUUGUGUGUGAUGUGCAGUCCCAAAGCCACGCCCUCCCUUCUCACUGGAACGGACAGUUCAUUGCACUGACUCUGGGAUCUCAGCCCUGCUUCUGGGAGCUGGAAGAGCACUAGGAGAUCCUAAGGGACCACACCCUUCCUCCUUCCCCUGCCCCCAGAGGCAGAGGGCACAGGAAAGAAGACGGGCCAAGCUCGGACGUAAUGUGCCACAAGUGUUGUGGCUUUCCUGAACUGGGAAGUCCCUGGCUGGCCCCCGAGGGAGAGGGGCAAAUGCCUCUGGGACUGACACUCCAGGCAGCGUUGCCUUCUCUCCCCUGUCAUUCCCAGGUUUCAUUACCUCCUACUUGCCAUUCACCCAUCAAUGUGAAAGUCAGGGUCACAGCUGGUCUGUGUGUCCAGUUCCCUAAAAGCCUAUUCUGUUGGGCAGCCUGAGGCUGUUGCCUGAAUCCUAGUUCAGUUUUUUUACUUCCUUUGCCCUUUUUUCCUUUUCUCCAUGCUUAAUGGUGUGAGGCCUCAGGAGAGAGGCCAAGUACAUAAAAAAAAAAAGCAGAUUAUCUCUAGAGAGUUUGAGCCUUUGCUGGUCACAUUGCCUUCUGAAGAGGAGGGAGUAUUAGAUUAUAAAUCCUCUUUAUUUUGGUCCUUUAUGCUUGAGGUUCCAACCUGGAGCCACGGUGUGUGAGAGGAGGAGGAGAGGGAGAAUUCUGUUCUCCCAGAGCUGCCCCUGCCUCGCAGAGGCCGGCACCCUCCUCUCCUGCCUCCAGUGGCCCUGCCACCGAUGUCUGCCAAAAAGUUGAGCCUUUCUAGAUGGCUUAGGUGGCACCAUGGCUCAGCAGGAGGGGCGGGAGGCACCAGGGUUCUUGUUUGGACCCUGCCCCUGGGCCAUGGCCAGGUGACCAUGGCUACAUUGCCAAACCUCUGACUGCCACAGCUGCAGACUGAGAGGGUGGGUCUGAGUCCCCACAAUGUCUGAAGCUGCCCCUGGGAUUCUCAGGCCAACCUGCCAACAGCAAGCGGAUUUUCUUGCAAGAUCAGGGACCCCACUUCUGCAGCCAGUGUCUCCUGGGUGCCUUCUGAGGACUCUCACCCCCAUCCCAGUAUCUCAUCUGUCCCCUCUCCUGGGGCUUAAGUGGAUUGCUUCGAGGCAGAAGCAGCCAAGGACCGAUUCCAGGCACUUUCUGUAGCAAAUGACUGUGAAUUACGACUUCUCUUGCCCUUCUUCUAGCAGUCUGUGCCUCCUCUCUGACCAGUCUGGAGGACACUGAAGAAAGGCAAGGGCCGUGCUGCUGCUGGGCGGGGCAGGAGAGGAGCCUGGCCAGUGUGCCACAUAAGAUACCCGUGCAGGCGCGGAGAAGCAACCGGCAUCCCACUCAGGCCUGAAAGCCCUCCCUGCAAGAAGGUGUGCAGGAGAGAAGAGGCCCCGGUGUGGGGAUUUGGGUUCUAGAGGGGAUGUGAUGACUGUCCACUGGGUGGGUAGGGAGUGGUAUCCAGUGUUCAAGUGCAGAAAUCUUUGGCUUUGCUACCAGUUCCAUAUGAUGAGAAAUAAACGUUCGCUGAGGUUUUGUUUCAUA